AUGGAGCGCAAGACCCCCAACAUCAUCGUCACCGGCACGCCCGGCGUCGGCAAGACCACGCACGCCGAGCAGCUCGCGCGCGCCACGGGGUUCACGCACAUCUCCGUCAACCAGAUUGUCAAGGACGAGGGGUUCCACGAGGGUAAGGACGAGGAGACGGGGAGCUGGAUUGUGGAUGAGGAUAAGCUCCUCGACUACCUCGAGGCCCGCGACAUCGCAGCCACCGGCGGCAACAUCCUCGACUGGCACGCCUGCGACCUGUUUCCGGAGCGCUGGAUCGACCUCGUCGUCGUCCUGCGCUGCGACUCGACGGUCCUGUACGACCGCCUCACGGCGCGCGGCUACACGGGCAAGAAGCUGGAGGAGAACAUGGACAGUGAGAUUAUGCAGGUCUUGCUGGACGAGGCGCGGGAGGCGUACAAGGAGGAGAUUGUGGUGGAGCUGCGCAGCGAUGCGGUCGAGGAUGUGGAGGGGAAUCUGGAGCGGGUGGAGUUGUGGGUGGAGAACUGGAAGAAGGAUCGCGCAGGGGGGGAGUAA